AUGUUAGAAUAUGUGGGUACUGCAUAUUAACUUUAUCACUUUGUCAGAGUGGAUACUUUUCCAACAUUGGAGGAUAUUGUAAUUAAGCAGCUUGUUACAACUAUGGAUUAGAUUAACAACACAAUGAUAAUGAGAGGUAUGUAUUUCGCUAGUGUGCCGGGAUACUUUUGGAUCGAACUCCAUAUAAAUAAGGAUAUUGCACGCUAUCAUAAUCAUGAUAGAGAUUUGUUGCUAUCGUUUAGCAGUCGGCUCGAUCAAAGAAAGACUUUGCUCCUUUAGAAACCUCUUAUGACUACUAAUAGUGAUAAGUAGAUGCCUGUUAACUUCUUUAUUUUGGAGGAAAAAUCUGAACAGUCUGAUGAAUCAAUUUAGAAAUAGAAGAAGAAAGCGUUAGCGGUUUAAUCUUAUAAAAUCCCAAAUCAUAAAUUAACUAAAAUACUGCCUUUCAAUCCAAUUAAUCAACUUGAAAAGAACAAACGAAAAACAUUAAAUCCGUAUAUAACCACCAAAGACACUCUAUAAUCAAAUUAAAGUAUUAAUGGAAAUUAGAAGGAUAGCUCCAAAAUUCAAAAAGAUCCAUCUGAUGUCUACUUAGUAAAUUUUCCAGAAAAACUUGAUAUGUCUGAUGAUAUCGCAGUUCUUGAUAUUGAAUAAACAAGUCUAAAAGCAAAUAAAUCAGUAAAUCCUAACAUUAUUGAUAAAAACUCUAUGAUAUCAAAUAAAAUGAAAGGCUCGAUACUUAGCAAAACUAAGAAAGGAAAACUUGAUUCUACUUUCAGAUAAUUAGUAGAUGAUGAUAUGACAGAUAAGGGUGACAUUUCGCAGAAUAACAUGCUUCAAACAGGAUGUGCGUUUGAGACAUAGAGAAACUUACUUGAAGAUGAAUAGGAUUAAGAUCAAUUGCCUGAUUUAAUGAUGAAGAACGGAGAAGAUGAUAUUGAUUUGCUAAAUAAAGAUAUCAGGAGAAGUGAAGCUUACAGCCGAAUAAACAGAAAGGGUGCUGCCCCGAUAACUCAAGGGCAUCCUUUACGAGCAGAAACCUUGGUCUAAAGAUAAACGUUUAUAUCCAGAGCUGAAUUUAUGGCCCAUAUUUAGAUUCCAAAAUCCGAUGAGACCAGACUAAUAAUCCCCUCUAACUCAAUGGUUAACAUGAAUGAGUAUCCUACAUUUGAGUUAAUGGUUAAAAAAGAACUAGAUGAGCACUUUUACAAGAUAAACUAGACAUAUGUAUAAAAAGGACUCUGGUGGAGAGCUGUCCCAGGUCACUAUUGGAUUGAGUUGAGAAUUGAUUAAAGCUUGAAAGAUAACUAUCUCAGAUUUAAAACUUCUAUUAAAGAUCCAAGAAAUAACAAACAUAUCUUGGGUUCUGAAAGUUCUCGCCGCAGAACUUAAUUCGUCUAUUUUUAAAACAUUGAAGAGUCAAUACCUAAGGUAGAUUUUGAAUAAUCUUAGUAGAAGCGUAGAACAGAGAUUAAACAGAAUGAUAUCAACAAACUUAAUUCAAUAUCUUCUCAAUCAAUCAGUGUUGCGAAUUCUUAGCCAGAUGAGACAAAGAAUCAAACAAAUUUGGAAGAUACAUAUUCAAACCUCAUUUAAUCGCUCAAAUAAAUUAAUAAUAAUAAUUAAUAAUAACUGUAACUCAAGCAGAAAGAUAAACUAAGUGUUGGAAACGGCGGAGAAGAAGGCAAGCAGUUGUAACUUAAUGGAAAAGAUCAAGAUGAUUUUGAAGUAAAAGAUUAAAAGUAGAUGAUACAGUUGAGAAAGUCAUUGAGAAAUCAGCAGUAAAAAAUGAAAGAAAAUGCUCCUGAUAAGAUUAAUCAAAAUGACUCCUACGAAAAUGAAGAAACUGUUUCUAAUGGCUAAUAAAGUAUAAAAUUACAAAUGCGGAUUCCUUAUACAAGUUCAUUAGGAGCAAAGUCCUAGUCUUAAUCAGUCAUUGAUAAAUAGUAGCAAAAUGUUUAGAUUAAUAUACAGGAAUACGCCAAGUCUCCUAAUCUAUAAAUUUUAAAGGGAAAGAGAUCUUCGAUGCAUGAUAGUGAAAACUUUUAAGUUGAAAGGAUAGAUAUAGACUCCUAAUAGCACUAUAAUUUCAAGGGAAAUAACAAGUCAUCUUCUAUACUUCCUUUCACUAUCGAUGAGCUUGCUACUCAUUAAAUACCUAUCAAAGGGAAAGGCAGCUCAAGCAGUAAGCGGAAUCCUUAAUGA